UGUAUUAGCGUGUGUGUCUGUGUCUGUGUGUGUAUGUGUACACGCUUGGAUGGUGGACUGUUCCCGGUGAAAAGCACCGAACUCCGGCCGCAUGAAAAUGCCUCAGCGCCGCGUGUAAACGGGCGAAAGUCGCGGAGGGCGGAGAGAUACGGAUCUCCAGGCGGGUUUAGCAGGAAAAUAAAGGCACGAUGUUGCAAGUUUUAGCUUGUGGCGCCGUAGUUUUCCCCGGUCUCUUCUUCGCCUUCAGGAGGAUCCUGCCGUGUGUGUUCAAACACUGGAGCGAUGCCGACGUGGUGCUGGUCAGCGAGAGACUGGUGUCCUCCAUCCAUGCCGCCAUGGCAACCACAGCAGGAGUCAUCAUUGUGUCGUCAUGCCGGGGCAACGUCAUUAAUGACAGGCACUGGCUGGCCACCUACUUUGUCAUAUGGUACGGCGUGCCCUACAUGACAUAUGACAUCUUCGCCAUGUACCUCAGUCACUACUACCGCUUCCGCGUCAAGGGGCACGAGGACUACAAGCAGCACUCACUGAGGACCGUGAACUCCUUCGUCCGUAAAGAGUUCCUGCUGGUGCUGCAUCACAUCGCCCUGCUCACCAUCCUGCUGCCUGUUACGCUGUUCUUCAGAAAGGACCAGGGGGAUUUCUUCAUUGGCUGCUUGUUUCUAACCGAGCUCAGCACUCCCUUUGUCUCCCUGGGGAAGAUACUUAUUCAGCUCGCCCUCCAGGACUGCUGGCUGCACAAGGUCAAUGGCGGUAUGGUACUGUUCACCUUCUUUAUGUGCCGCAUCGCCCUCUUCCCCUACAUGUACUGGAUGUACGGCAGCCACUACGGCAUCCCUCUCUACAGCGUGCCCUUCCACCUGCCGCUGUCCGCCAACCUGGGCAACUCUUGCAUCAUGGCACCGCAGGUCUACUGGUUUGUCCUGCUCUGCCGAAAGGGCUACCGUCUCUAUAAACGGAGCCGUAAGCCUGACUUGUCUCCUGUGGCCAGUGUCACUGACAGUUCUAAGGAUGAUUGAUAUCCAGUUCACGAUUGCUUGCUCGAGCCGCACACUCAGCUACUAACGCAACUACUUCUGCAAAGGCACUAGUUUGACUUAACACGUUUCAAAAACCCCACCAUUGUACUGUAGUACACCAGGACUGCCUGCUCUUGUCCCACAACUCCUGGGCAUUUUCCGCACACUUUAAUUCCUCUGUUACAAAUCCGCUGCCUACGUGGACCUCCUCCCCACUGAUUUAAUUCUACUACUGAAGUUUGACGAUUUGGUUGUUUUUGGAUUUGGCUCUAGCCCGGAUCUUGUUGAAGUGCUACCCUGCGCCUGUCUACAUUUUCAACGCUGAAGAAAGGUCAUGUUUGCUUCACUGAGAAUAAAACGUGGAGUAAAAGCACCAGAAACUGAGGAGGAGCUUCCGUGGACGGACAUUAUCUUAUCUCUUAUCUCCUACCGUGUUUACAGCCUCUGCUGAUUUGGAAGGUCUGUUACAGUGCGUGUGUGUGUGUGUGUGUGAGUGAGUGGCUGUUACACCAAGUUGUAUUUAUUUUUAUGGUUUCUCUGUGACAUGUCGGAUAGUUGUGUUUCCUCUCUCAUCCAUUCACUAAUCAGACUGAUAAGAAGGAUUAGGAAUAGCGUCAGGUGCAAAUUCAGGCAGUAUUAGCAGGAAAAAAAUUUGAGGAAUACAUUUCACCUCAUCCGCAUGAGAGCUAAAAACAACUACAUUUGUUAAUACCUGUUAAUGUGAUGUAAUGUUGAGGUUCUGACUUUUCAGCCCAGUUCAUUGUGUUUCUGGUUUCCUAAACAGCAUGCCACUGUGGCAUCGGUUUGCAAAUCAGCAGCUACAAUCCCACAUUCCUCACUGUAGCAUCCAGCACAGAUGUAUGGUUCAGGUUCUUUUGUUUCCAGUAGCAUAUCCACUUUAAACAGGGUGCUAGCUCUGUGUUUAUAGCCUAUCCCCGUGAAUUAAUGCUGUGCUCAUGUUCACUCAAGAUUUAGCAUUUUAAGAAAUUCAGUUUUGGCAAUAUCCUCCAGUGGCUGAGGGAACCAUUAUUCAUUUUCACAAAAUUAAGUCAAUUUUCAAGAUGUCCUUGGCAUAAAACACAUGCAUGUCAAGACCUCAAAGGAAUUACCCUAAGAAAAAUACAGACCAGGCACCACAACAGCCCUCUGUUACAAAAUAUCAUGUAUUUGGACUAACCUACAAGGAUUAAGAGGAUCGGUUCAGUGAAUUUAUUCUGUCUGUAUUGUGUGUAUAUGUGAGGGGUUUUUACCCACUUCUGCAGAGCAGAGGGUUAGUUAGGUUUCUUGCUACUGAGAGAUUCAUUUUUUUGAAUCCUCAGUCAUUGUUUAGAUGACACUGGAGCGUUGCAGCUGCCAUAGAAACGCUGCCAUGCUGAGCACCAGAGCUGAUGCAGGGCAGCCUGGGAGUCUUUGGCUCGCUUCCGGUUCGCUUCCGGUCAGAUGUCACGGCUGUUGAAGAUUUGUUUUGUCCAGUGAAAAGUCAGUCAGAUCUGCAUGUCAGACCACAGAGGGGGUGACGGGCACAUGGUAAUGCCUCAUGUGGGACGAACUCAGGGCCAAGGUCAGAGCAGCAUGGUGAGCAGUGGCUCAUCAGGGCAAACUAAUAGAGAGGAUUGAAAUUUCUGAGCAAUUAGCCACAAAAAUCGAGGAUAUCAGGACUGAUUACUCCUGAAACUGAUCUAUAACGUAGUUAGAAGAUGACAUCCAGUACCUGUUUAGUUUCCCUGAGGCUCCAGAGAUUUAUAUACACUUGUGUGUCAGGAGUUGCAUUGAGCACCUCACACAGGGCUGUAUAUACUUCAUUUUUUUAGACGUUUGUGUUUUUAAUAUAAUCACAAAAAAUUGUUUUAAAACUUUAAAACUUAUAUCUAGAUAUCAUAACUAGACCUGAGAGGAUCAUUUUUUUCAUGCAAACCAAUUUUUUUGUUGUAUUCACAUGAAGACAUUUAAAUUAAAGGCAUUCGCUUUAGAUCUUUUGAUCUUGAGAAUAUUAUUUCUUCAUAUCACAUAAUUAAUAGAAGAUAAUAUUUUCAAAAUAUUACACAGUCUCGAUCCUGGGGUUAAUUUAACUCCUUGGAUAAUAUUCAUGGUCAUUCAAGCUUUAUACUGAACUUACUGAAGAUUUCAUUAAUGGCCUUUUUUUUUUUUAUGUCCAGCCAAUUCAAUCUAUGCAAAACAGACUGCUGUGCAUCUAUACAACACUAGUGUCAAGCCAUAUCUAAUUGAUCCACACCUCAGUAUUUUAUCCAAACUCCACACGACAAAUGUUGCAUAGUUUUACUUUGAACAUUUUUUUAGCUUAUCUCACUUGUGCUUUGACAAAUUUAAGUUCAAGUAAAGACAAAUCAGAAGGAGUUUUGCUGUUUGCUGCAUAAUUUUGCUUUUAUCCAUAGAACAACUGCUGAUGAGGUCAAAGUGCAGUUCAUUGUAAGAACCCCCUGUUGUUGAAAAAGUCCCAGUUUCAACUAUCAAGCAUUGAGACUGCUGACAGGACCAGUAUCCCUCUGUUGCAUUAUGGGUUCUGUAGUGUUACUGUGCCCUGUGUGGGGAUCUUGUUGUUAGUUCCUGCACUCGUCUAUGGCAAACACAUUGGCAUCCACCUCGUGGGAACAGCAUUGGACCAGAAAGGUGAUGAGUCUUCUUACUGGUAGACAGACAGUCUGUUUGCUGACGAGCAGCAUGAGGAUGAGGGAGUAAGAAGAGACGAGCUGCUGAAUGAUGGGCUUGUUUGUCUGGUUUGGCUGGAGCCCAGGAGAGUGCAGGCCUCUUUUGUCGGUGGUUGACUGGACCACGGUUACUGGAAACAUCCCAGGCUCUUUGUUCUGCUUUCAGCCAAACUCUCCCACUCUCUUUUUUUUUUUUUAAUGCCCUGUUUUUAUUGUCCUCAGCCUCUUACAUCUACUUGUCUCCAAAUAUAUAUACUGGUAUAAAUAAAACCAUAAGGAAAAACAGCCACAGAGAAAAACUUUUUCUACAGUCAGAAGCAGUGGUUGUCACAUUUUUAUUUCUUUUAUUUAAGAUUAAAGCUGCAGCUCAUUCCUUUUCAUUGAAUGUCAGCUGUCGCCUUCUUACCACCUGCUUCCUCCCUUCUGGCCUCCAUCCUCUCUCCUUUCAUCCAUAUUGCUCCAUUCUCCUCAUUUGAACUCGUCCCAGUCUCUUGGCUGAUGUGCUCUGCAGUCGUAGAAAGUUGCUGAGAGCAUUGGCAGAGCAGAGCAAGCCCUCCCUCCUCUCUGCUGCCAUCUGUCGUCAGGAUUAUCCGCUUGUCCACUCAGCAGUUCAUAGGCAUGGCCGGUUGGGAUUAGUAGGCCUAGGUGGGCAUUUCCUAUUAAUGUGCAUAUCUGUGCAUAUCCCUUGUUUAGUCUGCUGCCUUCAGAUGCAUGUAUAUCAGUUUUCAGCCACCAUUAUCUCACUUUCCACUGAAUACUCUGUAAAAACCGACAUAUGGCUUUGUUUGUAUGCUUCGGGGGUAGGCUUUGACAGGUGUAUUACUGAAUCGACUCAUGGCUGAUAUGAAGGAUUAUUUAUAUUUUACUACCUAAAACAGUUUGGUACAACAGUGUUUCCGACAGGACUCCAUUUUUGUUUUAUCUUGGGUGUAAAAGCCUUUGAAACAGUAUUUUUAUCUUUUUUAAUUUAACCAUCAUCACAUAAAAUGUUUUGAGGUGUAGUAACCUGUCAUGACAGUUUGAGCUUUGCAGAAAAAUUCAGUCCCCUUUUGACUCUUCCUAGAAUUGCUUUCUGGGCAUUCAAAGGGUCAGUUUAAAAUUUGCCCAGGACUCUUAUUUUGACAGAGUGGAGAUGGAACAUUAACAUUCCACUUUUUUCAGUAACAUUUGCCUAUAUUUAUCUUCAAAAGUAUUUUAUUUUUUUGUUAUUUAAAGUUUUUUCUUUAUUUACCAACAAACCUUCACCUGACAUAAGCCGAAAGUUUGCUCCACAUAACAUCAUGUUGCACAUAAACAGCCUCUGAUCCUAAACCGGAGAAUCCCUCAGAUAGAAUUAAUAAAGCUCCCUGACAUUCAUGGUACACAUAUCUUAACAGGUUUUCUUUGUCACUUGGUAGCUUUUUACUAUAGAAAGUCUUAAGUGCAACCUCUUUGCUCAGGGUUUGAUGAAGUUUGAUGAAGUUGUUGACAUAUGUGUGUAUAGAGGUUUAUUGUAAGAUGAUGAACUGUGAGACUGACUCUGAAGAUGAUCACAUCCAGAAUGAUAUGCUGAUUCUUUUCUAUAUGUGUUUUUGAAAGCAUUUUUUUUUCUUCUAUUUAUGCUUUCUGACAUGGCUUGUGAUACUUCAACUCCCAAGGGUUGGUAAACCAAAGACUGUCAGGCACUUUAGUUAGUAAUUGUAGUGACAUGAAGAGAGAUUCAUUUGAUUUUCAGUAGUUUAGACAUCGCAUAGAUGAUUUGUCUUAAUAGCUAAGACCCACUUCUCACUUAAAAACGCACAGCUACCCUCCAGUCUUAUCCUCUUUCUUUGGCUCCCAGUGAGUGACCAACAUGCUGGCUUUGUGAUGGAUGUUUCCACUGAGGAUGUAGUGGAGCAAAUACGGACUAAUUAGUUUUUUAGUCGAUUCUCCACUAACAUGCAACUUACACAUGGAGUACUUUGAAGUAUACUGGAUUGAGCUAGUGGCAUUUUACUCCGUCAUUUUAGCGCAUUGGUUGUGAAACUACAUUAAUAUAAAAAAGGACAUGAUUCUCAUUCCUUGGCUUUUGGAUGAAAGGAUAUAAUUUGAUAUAAUGAGAAUAUGGACACCACAAUUAAGCCAUGUACAUGGCCUGUUUACCAUGCUAACUCUAUUUAGCACGCGCCUACACUAUCUGGAACAAUAGCUAACUUCUUGCUACCAUUAUUUUGAGUGAGUUCACUCCAUGCUAACAGUUUAGCGCAUAGUACUAUUGAGUGUAUAGAGACUACAUGCUAAUACUUUGGGGUUUUUUUAUUGAGUUAACACUUAAUAUAUGUUGACUCAAAGCCAGCACCUUAACACACACUCUUGCUAACAUUUUAGCAUUGGCCCACACUACAUUUAGGCCAGUAGUACUACAAUUAUUGGGGCUAGCUUGCGUGUUCUUUGCUAAGUUUUUAGUUAUUAGUAUUUUCUAAAGCUGAACAAGUGGUUUUCUGUUCAUGUACAAGGCUAAAUGGGCAAGUGCUGGUUUAAAAAAAAAAAAAAAAAAAAAAGGUAACACAAGGAUUAAUUAAUCAGCUUUCAUUAUGUUCAGCUCCCAGUUAGGUUUUGACAGCUCUCCUGUGUGUAAGGCAGAUGGGAGAUGU